CCUGGACGCGCAUUUGUACUCUACGUUUUGGAUUUAAUAAGCUGAAAACUAUAAAUCUUCCUCUUGUCGACCGCGGCACACUUUAGCCCUUCAUCCACGUUCUCCCUCCAUUCCAAGCUAGCAAGAUCCAAGAGGACAGCAACCAAGUCCCCGACUCUGUUGAGGCGGCCAUUUCGGCCAUCGUCGUCAAGUGGUUCUUCUGUUCUCAAAGGCAGGACUGAGUAACGUGUCCACCAUCCCAGCCGUGUCGCUUCCAUUAAACGUGCUCCAGAAUUGCUCGCAUUGGAUUUGGAGGCCAGAUACCCAGUAGCUCUCACAAAAUUAUUUAACCAGAAUUGGAAAACAGAAACUCAGAAAGAAAAUCACACCAACAAAACAAUAAUCAUGGAAGCUCCAGCACCCACCUCUGAAAUCUCGAUCCCUGAUGUCGCCGUGGAACCUGAAAAGAUGACAGAAGGAACGGAAGAUACCACCGAGGCCAGCACCCAACACUCCGACUCUGUCGCUGAGGAAGAAAAGGAUUCUGCCGAAAAGAAUGAGGAGGAGGAGGGCGAGAAGACCGAGGAAGAUGCCGCGGAAAAAACAGAGGAAGAGGCCGCGGAAAAAGCUGAGGAAGAGGCCGUUGACGCCGAAGCACCCACCGAAGAAGCGGCCACAGAAGAGAGCGGAAUGGGUGAACUGGCUCAGCUCCUCGCUGGCGCCGUGAUGCGUGCCGCCCAAGAGGCCAGCGGCGUAGAAGCAUCUUCUCCGGCUGCUGCCGGUUUGGGUGGCUUGCCGGAACAACUCGCCGCCACCAGCGACGAAGGACCCAUGCUCCGAACCACCAAGGCUGGUCUGGAUGAACUGGGCCUCAAAUAUGAAAUUCAAGAACCAGGAGAAAACGCUCGCAGCCGAACUAUCGUAUUUGGGAUGAACUGCAAGGUGGGAUUGAGUCGUGUCGUCAUUGCAACCGAGGAGGCGGACAAGAAAUUCCACUUUUACAUCAAGGCACCCGCCAGUGUCCCAGAAGAUAAGCGCACCCAAGCAGCUCUAUUUAUCACGUGGGUCAACUAUGGGCUCUCCAUUGGAAACUUUGAGAUGGAUUUGAGCGAUGGGGAAGUCCGCUUCAAGAGCUCCAACCACUUGCUGGGAUCCGAGCUCUCCACAGAAAUGGUAGGGCAUACAGUCGCUCUCUGUGUCAAGAUGAUUGACCAAUUCUUUCCAGGACUUAUGGGUGUUGUCUAUGGAGGCAAAGACCCCAAGGAUGCUCAUGACGAAUGCAUGAACGGCGGACGAAUCGCCCAUGCUCAGUAGCUACAGUAGGAUGGAUUGUUGAGGGUUGGACGAUAGUAAAUAGGAGGAAGACUAAGAUACGAGAACGCGUUUAGGUAUUGCCACAGAUCUGGAUCCUCUGUUCAUAAGCCUUGUUGUGGCCCCGCCUGCAAGGAGACGAUCUGCUGGGCGUGCUGUUUUCAGCCUGGUUUGCUUCGGGUUGAGCUGUUGCAGUUGC